UUAUUCGCUAGCGUCGGUAGGAAGUUCUUCCAGUUGUAAAACUGUGCGAUCUCAAAUAUCACUUCAUCAGAAUUUUUAUACGGAAAACGCGGGGUGCUAGGAAAAAUUGGCUGUUGGGUAGUUGGUGAUUUUAGGAAGAAGCUUUUCCAAGCUAAAAGGACGGGCGAAUGUCGAAUUUUCUUAUCGUUAUUUGGAGGUACGCGGGUCAUGAGACCGCAGGAAAAUGAAUAAUGACGAAUCAUUUGGAAAAUAUAUGAUUCGAUCAUGAUGAGGAAGACAUUCAACAAUACCACUGCGGAUGCUCGAACAUCUGAUUGCGUCGACUUUACACGCCGUUUGUACAAAAAUAUAACGGACGUUAUUAAGAGGUUGGAUGAACAAAGAAGUCGAGCGUUAAUAGUAUCAGAUAUAUUUCUACCUUCCAGUGAAGUAUUACGAGUCAAAUUAAAAGAUUAUUGCGAAAGAUUAAUUUUUAAAGAUCCUGUUGGUCAUGGGCGUAAAACUGAAGAAUUGUUAUGGAGAAAAGGAUUCUAUGAUAUCGUAUACGCAGCCAAGAAAUUGCGAAAGAACAAUGCCUGGACGGAUGCAGAGAAAGCUUUACUGUUGAUUCAUUUGGCAGUUGGCAUAGGAUUUUAUCAUCACUUGAUACUAAGAUUACAACUGGAAUAUGGUUUAGACUUAGUUGGUGUUAUCGAUUUUGCAUUCAAUCAUAAUGACACUGGAACUUUACCUACAAAAAAUAAAAGCAAUCAAUCUAAAGUUUUUACGGAAGAAGUGAAACAAUGCAUCAUGAGACUCGUUCACAGAAGUCUUAUAUGUCUUGGCGAUUUGACUAGAUACCAAUUGGAAAUAGAUCCUAACUGGGAUCCUAUGAUAGCAAACAGAUAUUACAAAAUGGCAAUAUGCAUUGAUCCAAAUAUUGGAAUAGCACAUAAUCAACUUGGUACAGUUGCAGGCAAUAAAAAUUAUGGACUCGAUGGGGUGUAUCAUUAUAUGAGAUGUGUUCUAUGUUCUGAGCCUUUUGAAGGAGCGGAAGGGAAUUUGAAGAGAAUCAUUAUUACACAUUCAACUUGUUCCGAUGAUAAAUGUUCAGUACAACAUUGUAUAUCAAGAUUACUAUCUCUGUUACAAUUAUGGGAUUGUGAAAUUCCAAAUUCUGACCGUGUUAAUCAAGAAGGCCAGGAUCUUUUAAAUGACAUCGAAGUUUGUUUGAGCAUGAAACAAGUUGAUUCAAAUAAUCCAAAAGAUAUUAAAAAUGAGGACAACAUUGAAAAUUAUCUUCAAUCAUGCAGAAAUGAAAAUGCAUCUUAUUUAACGGAUGAAAUAAUGUUUAAAAUAGUUGCCAUUUGCCUAAUGUCAAUUUCUAAAUUAAAAAGUAAAGAAUCCAGCGAAGUACAUGGAGUCAUUGCUAUAAUAUUGGCAAUAUUAUCACAGUUAGUACAAUUUGCAAUAACGCGAAUGCAAGAGUCAUUGACAGACGUGCCAUUGGCUUUAACUGAAGUAGCAAUUAAUGAGCCUUGCUCUACGGAAGAUAGUAAUAAGAACGAAAUGAUUAAUAAUACAAAAGUAACUGGAGAAUAUGAAGAAAAAACGAAGAAAGAACAGAUUGAAAAUGCUCCAUGUAAAAAUAAGGAACUUAAUAAUUUAAAUGAUAUCGAUAAAAAUUGUAAUAACACGAAAGAAAAGUCUGAAUGUAAUGGGAAUAUACAUAAAAGUACAAAAAAGACAUCGGACAAAACAAAAAGUUUACUUACAAAACUUCGACGACGAAAGAGAAGAAAUAGUUCAGAUUCAGAAGAAAGUGAUAUAAAUCAUAUGAAUGUAGGAUCAUCCAGCGAUGAAGGGAACUCAGAUAUUUCUGAAACAGAAGAUGAUGUCCUCAGUGAAGAAAAUGUAUUAUCCGAUGACGCUUUAUCUGACGACAUAUCUGAUGAAGAAGGUAUUUCUAAAGAAGAAACACUAGAAACUGUUAAUAUUAAAUCAAACGAACAGUUAAAUGGUAACAUCGAUAACAACAAAACAAAUCACGAAGAAGUUAUAUCUUUACAAAAUGGAGCAGAUAUCCAUUUGCAAAAUGGUGAAAGUCUUAAAAAUGAUGAGCAAACAAAUGUAAACGCGAUGAAUGAUAAAGAAUCGCUAGAAAAUUCCAAAAGUACUACAACCAUAACAACAAAUAUUGAUUCCAGUAGCGCAUUGGACGAAAGCAGUGGAUCUACAAAUAUUUUAACAUAUAUAGCACAAUUGAAAAAGCAUGAUUUGAAGCCAAACGACAGUUUAAAAAUUUUAGAAUGCCAAGGGGGGAUACUUUCGUCAAUAAAAAUUUGUUGCGAUUGGUUAAGAAAUAACCACGAUAUCAUAAGACAAUGUGCACGAAGUUCAAAAAUCUUACUUAAACGAAUAACGAUAUUAUUAAAUUUAUUAAAUUUUAAUACCGAAGUUAUUUUGAGAGAAUGGGAUAAAAAGAUUAUUUUUAUUUCAAGUAAUGAGGAUUUGCAAAAUCUUGUUAAACUCGUGCCACUUCCAGAAGAUUUAGAUUUGAGGGGCGUUAACAUAUUGGAGGAUGCUCAAAAAAGUUUAGAUUGGAAAAUAUUACACAAAUGUAACAUGAACAAACAAAUGGAAUUACUGCUAAGAGCAUUAAAAAUGAUCGAAUUUGGUCAUUAUCUCAGUUCUAUUAAAGAUUCUGGGAUUAAAUUUGACAACGAUAACAAAUUGUUUAUAACAGCCAGUCCAAAUGUUUCUAGUGCAAUAAAAGGUGAUAACUUAGAGAACAAAGACUUAGAAGCUAAUCAAUCUAGAGGCAAAUUAAUGAGACACAUGGGACGACUUUGGUUAAAAGCUGAAGUCAGAGCUUUGGAGACUCGUUUACGAUCGAGAUUGAUGUCACCUUUUUUGGUACCUGAUCACGAAGCUUUAGCUAAACAUACUCCAGCUCUUAAACGUUUGGUAUAUGCAAAGAAAUUUAUUGUGGUCAUUCCUACCAUUGUGGUCUCUGCUUUGGAUGAAGUCAAACGAACAAGUGGUCGUGCCAGAGAGGCAACUCGUUGGUUAGAAACACAGCUGAGAAAGGGAUCAAGGUUUCUGCGAGCACAAAGACCAAACGAACGACAAGCACUUCCUUUGAUUAAAGGUCCAAGACCGAAGGAUAAAGAAGCCUGGUUAUUUUUUCAAAUUAUAGAAUGCUGCCAUUAUCUUACUCAACAAACCAAAAUUGGAUUAACAAAUGAUACAGAAGCUCCGGUUGUAACACUUCUUACAGGUUUUAGUCAAGAUGAAAAAAGAAAAUUUACUUUUAGUCCUGAUGGAUUGGCAAAGAGUGCAGGUGUUAAUAUCGAGCAUAUAGAAUCAUUUCAUACAAAGUGGAAGGCAUCUAGCAAAAGUCAUGGUUGAGCGUAAUCAAUGCUCGUGCAAUGUCUAUUAUCUGUUGCUAUCUUGAAUCGAAGAGAUAGCAAACGAUACGUCCGUCUAAAAGAGAGCUGCCCAAGUUCUGCUCGGGCGAAUACGACGAGAAAAGAGGGGUUGGAAACCCGUGAAACGAAAAUUGAUUCUUCUACAAUUAAAUUCGUGGAAAUGGAUAAUCUUAUUCCACGAAACAAAAACAAUUCUAAAUAUAACAAAACUUUUUCUUUCUAA